AUGGAGUCCUACGCUCCGCCCGCAGAGGCAUCCAACAAACGGCCCCGGUCCCCGACCGCAGACCACCCGCCACAGUCCAAAGUCCAGAAGACGCAGGCCAACCACCUGCAGAUCAAUUAUCUCGCCCGCCAGUAUCCCGAUAACCUCCCUCUGGUCUCCCCCGAUGAUAGCAUGCCCGCCAUUAUCCACCUGGUCGGCGAAUACGAUGGGGUGCUGCAGCGCCACGAGAGUAUCGCUGGGAACCUCGGCGCAUGCCCGCUAGGCCCGAUCUUGAUUAAGCGCUUCGAGCGCUUGUUCGACGGACCCCCACGCGUGAUCAAGUCGCAUGGCAAGGAUGGUCCGACGGUGACUUGGUUGGAUGUGGUCGAGUUUGCCAAGAGCAAGCCCGAGCAGUUCAACUUGGAAAAGUCCCGCAAUGGCGUGCGCGUCUGUCAGUUCUAUACCAAGCAGUGUCGCGUGGAGAUCAGCGAGGAGGACUUUGUGCUGAUCGCCUCGGGCAUGCCCCAGAAGAUGAUUCCCCCACAGCCGAUCAUCGAGGAUGAGGAGAAGGAACUGGGUGCCUUGGAGAUUCUGGAGAAGAAUUUGCAACAGAUAAUUCAGAUGGCUGAUCAGGUGUCUGCUAGAGCCCGUCAACUGAGCUACCGCCUGAAGAACCGCCGUACCGCUAUCGUCAGCCGUCGAGAAAACGACGCUUCUUUGCAUAAUCAAUCGCGCGCGGCUGGAGAUACCUGGCGAGAUUCCAACGGUCAUGGUGCAACAAAUGGUAAUUCUCAAUCCUCUCCGUCCGGCUUCGUGGCCGUCAACGUGAACCGCCCUGAGACGGAGCUGCCCGAGGACAAUCCGCUGUCAUCUCAAUUCAUGUUUUCCCAUUCCAACACAGAAAAUGUGACGAUUAUCAACGGGACCUCGAUCAAAGGCGCCUCACCCACCACUCGAGCCGAGUUGAUGAAAAAAUUCUUCACCACGGCCGAUCGUCAAGCGCGCGGCUACGAUGAUGCCUCGGGCCCCAUCACUCCUCACUUGCCUCGGCCUCGACCACGGGCAUCGGAGCCAGCCGAGCAAAGCCAACAUAACCCUUCCGCUACCCCAGUGGCCAUUCCGAGCACCCCGUCGUCGUUGCUGCCACCGCCAAAGACUACACCCCAAGAGAAAGAUGAUGGUGGUCCCUUCAAGCUAGAGAUGGUGGCCCGCAUGGAAGAGCUGCAGCGUGGGGAGCGAGUCACCCCACCCUGUGAUCGGUGCCGCCGGCUCAACAUGGAUUGCUUGAAGAACCUGACCGCGUGCAUGGGCUGCACCAAGAAGCACGCCAAGUGCUCGUGGAGGGAUGUCAAGGAAGAGGAGCUGCGAGCCACCAAUUGGUACCCAGCUGCGCCACGAGAGGUUCGUGAGAUUCGUGAAAAUCGCGAAACGCGCGAAAUGCGCGAGCACCGUGAGCCGCGUGAGCCACGCGAAGGAUUCGAGGAUGAUCGGUUUCCCUCCAUGCCUCCUCACGGCCUUACAUCUCCCCCUAAGUACCCGGUGUCGGCCGAGCGUGAACGAGAACGCCGUCCCGAGCCCUACCUUGAUCAGCAAUAUUUUCAUAACCGUCGAGAGUCUGCGCCUGGUGCUCCUCAUAUCGCACCCGGCUCAGGUACCUCAUUGGGGGUGCCUCCUCCAGGGAAUUCCCCACGGAGAGCUAUGAGUGAGACAGAGGGCAGUUGUCGUACGCAGCAGCAUCAACUGCCGCCGCAGCAUGGGCACUCUCGACAUGCUGACGACGAAGAUCCAGAUGCCAAUCAGCGGCUGAUGCAGGCCAUUCUCGACACCGUUGAUCAUCACGCUCGGGUUGCGGCUGCCGUUCAAGAAAAGGAGCGCGGUGCCGGCGCUGGCGCUGGCCUGGAGCGUCCUGCUGAGCGUUCUGUUGAGCGACCUGCUGAAAAUGGCACUGCUCAUCCUCAUCGUGACAAUGCUUACAAUGACCAAGACGCGGAUCGUGAACGUGAGCGGUGGAUGGUGCAGGCAUAG